CUCACUUCCUCUUUCUCACAGAGUAGUUGCAUCGAAACAUGUUAUGCUUUUACAUUUCAGUGAAUCACACAACACGACUUUCACUGUUUUAUCAAACUCGAGCAUUUCAUUUGUGGCGAAUAACAGACUGACAUGUUCUUCUUCUUCUUCAGGCUCUUCGUGAGUGUCUUGUUGUUUUUGGUUUGUUUAUCAGAGGCGGUCAUAUCGUGUUUAAAUGAGGAUGGUCAGCCUGUGGACUGGUUCAUUAUUUACAAACUACCCAUUUACAAGAUGGAGGUUAAGGGAAGUGGGCUGGAAUACAUGUAUCUGGAUUCAACAUUCAUGAACUGGCAGAUGAGUAAACAAACAGUGAACAGCAGUCAAGGAGCAUUAGGCCGAACAUUAACACAACUCUACCGUAGAUAUACAUCGAACAGUACAGUGUAUAUGGUUUACAAUGACGCACCACCAGAACUGAAGUACCCAAGCAAUUAUGGACAUACAAAAGGAGUAAUAUUGUUUGAUCAGUCUCAGGGAUUUUGGCUCACACACAGCGUUCCUCACUUUCCUCCAUUUCCAGAGAAAGGAUACGAUUAUCCAUAUUCAGGAAAAUACUACGGCCAGACUCUGCACUGUGUUACAUACAAAUAUACACAGUUUGCAAUAAUAUCACAUCAGUUAGGAUAUCUUAGUCCACGUGUUUACAACUGCUCCGUCCCUCUGGCAUUUCACCCAGAUAUCACAGUCAUGGCACAAAUCUGUGAUGCAAAGACACCGUUCAUAAAAACCACAAGGAGUUUGGAGAUGCUGGUGUCUGGACAAGGACAAACUUUUUUCAGUUUUGCUAAAUCACCCAACUAUGUGGAUGACAUCUACAUGGGUUGGGUGGCUCAAACAUUGGGGACAGAUCUGCUGGUGGAAACGUGGAUGCACCAGAAACAUCAGCUUCCCUCCAAUUGCUCUCUUCCUCACCAUGUGAUGAACAUUGAAAGAGUUUGCCUGCCAGGACCUCAGAUGUUCAGCUCAUAUGAAGAUCAUUCUAAGUGGUGUGUGUCAUAUGCAUAUAAAGACCAGUGGACGUGUUUGGGAGACUUGAACAGAGACAGCGGUCAGUUUGGCAGAGGCGGUGGGCUGAUAUGUUCACAAAAUCCAAUCAUUUAUAAAGCCUUCCGUAAGGCGGUGGUCGGCUUUAAACCCUGCUGAAACAUCUUUAUCAGACUUAACCACCUCUUGACCAGACACAACCCUGGCAGCUUUUAGCUUUAUUCACAAUUAAAAUUUUCAAGUUGACAGAUUUGUAGACAUUGUCUCCAGUAAACUACAAACAAGCACAAUACUACAAGCUACUACAAACAAAACAAUGUAUAGAUGAUAUCAUCAUGAUUUGGAAUGAAAAGUCAUAAUUAAAUGACAAUAAAAUCCCAAAAAGUGAUAUUUGUUCAUGACAUCAUAAUGAUUCUGGUAUAACCCUUGUGUAAAAUACCUUUAUGCAAUAAAGUAGUUUAUAUAUGGGAUCUCUAUAUAGUAGAAAUUAUUAUUAUGACCUCAUAAAGUCUAUACAUAUUUCUACUAUAAAGUUUUUUUUAUUGGUUAACCCCCUGGCACCAUCAUGACAUACAGCAAAUCAUAAGUGUAUUUAACAUAAGCCUACAGGGCAAGGUGAUUUAUUAAUAAAUGUUUUGUGUAUAUACAGUACAGCACAAAUGUUCAAAGUAAGUUCAGGGUAAACAGCUUUAUAAUAAUAAUUCAUAGUAGUUAAAGGAAGGGUGCAUGAUUUUUGAUAACACUUAGGAGUCAGGCCGAGUACCACAACACACUUCAGCCAAUAAGCAGUAAGGGUCGUGUCUACUAACCAACAUCAUUGCCUAUGUUGUAUAUGUGUGGGGCGGGUCUAUCAAAAGAAGGUCCUGAUUCUAUUGCAGUAGGGGCGUGUUUGUUUAGGUGAUUUCAAAUGUCAACAUUGGCUUUCAGAGAUCAUGCACCCCGCCUUUAAAAACAAAAAAUGUGUUUCAAAUAUGUAACAUUUAUUCAAAUCAAAAGUCAUUAUAUUCUCUCGACUUGAUUGUGCAAAGAGAUUUUCUCAGGGCAACAUAUUGUGUUGACCCAAGGACAACAUUUUUGUAAAUAAAACCUAAACCCCAACCCUAACCGAACCCUAAAAUAAGAGGGAAAUUAUAAGUGAAAAGCGAUGGUAUUGAAGCAGCUUAUUCUGGUUGUAAGCUUAAACUUAAAACAAACUGUUAGCGUAUUUCUGAAAUCUGAUUGAAAUGUUUUUUUAGAGCUUUAUAAAUGUAAACCUUCUUUAAGGCCACGACUGUUACCAGGUUGCGUUCAAUGCACUGUGAGCUGCCAUUUGUUUAUUUCAUGUAUUUUCUGUAUUAUCAUAAUAAAGGGCCCAAAAAUAUG